CUGGUGGCUACAAAAUCAAAAAAAAAAAAAUUAUAUAGAGGCGCUUGAGUCAACUUCCACUCCUCGUUCGCCGCUACUUCAUCUACAAGCGAGCUCCAUUCCAAUGUUACUCGAGCCACACCCGUUUGCGGAAUCUGCUGGUCAGGGCUACUAUGGCAAAAGCAAUAGUCCUACCGAAAAUGCUCACCACGCGCAUCCCAUCUCCACACAAGAACCUCCCGCCACACCUACCCCAUCUGCUAUGGAUCACCAUGUAAAAUAUGAACCGCCAUCUCGUCGCCCUCCAUUUCAACCCGUCACCACUCUCAAAAUUCCUAUUCCCCGCCGAGCAGAACCACCGCCAUCGCCCGACAUGGGAAGACCCCCUCAUCCAAGCGCUGUACCCGCUUCCGUCCAAGCACAGGCGGCUUUGAGACGACCUGCCCCAAAAGCAUCCCCACCACAACCUGCGAAGAAGGGAUUUCAUGUUGUCAAGUAUGAAAAGUACGAAGUCAAGCAGGAACGGUAUUAUUUGCCACCUUCCGUCAAAUUGCAAAAUGGAUCACCUCCUGUGCCUGGCCGUCAUCAACAACAAAUCCUUCCUUAUCACCAUGCCUCUCCACCCCCCUCCAAUCACGAAAAUACCCACCCAGGUACUUCUGAAGAAGAUGAAACCAAUGGAUCUUCAAGCGACGACAACAAUAGUAAUUCCGACUCCAGUGGAAGCGGAAGUGACGGAGAAGACGAUUCUGCCCCCGAAGAGUCAGACGACAGCGACGAUGAAGAAGUGGUGGAAGCAGUGAUAGCGCCUAAACAUGUAAAACAAAAUGGUGGAAAACGCAAGCGAGCCACCAGUGGUACGGGUAAAAUCAACUUCAAAGAGGAGGCUGGUUCCUCGUUUAUUGAUAAGAAUGCUCAUAUUAAGCGACCGCGUAAUGCUUGGAUUCACGUAAGUUUCACACCCAUCCAGCACCGCUGGCUGUAUUAAACUAAAUCCUUUCCACAGUUCAGAUGCCAUUACGGCCAAGCUCUCAA